AAAGUAUUUCACCGUCUAGGCUAGUUUGUCUUUAUAUGGUAUGCAAUUAUAUCGAGGAACAAUGUCGUGGCCUCUAUCGAGCCAUUUAUUAGUGUGUAUAUAACGCGCGCCUACCCGAGUCGUGAGCCAUAUCACAUCAGAACAUUGAAAACACACACAACCACAAAAAUGGCAUCUCCUGCCGUCUCUAGCACACAAAAACCACACGCAGUUUGCGUCCCUCACCCAGCACAAGGACACAUCAAUCCGAUGCUGAAAGUGGCUAAACUCCUCCACGCUAAAGGCUUCCACGUCACCUUCGUCAACAACGUCUACAACCACAACCGUCUCCUCCGGUCCCGUGGUCCAAACGCGCUUGACGGGCUUCCUUCUUUCCGUUUCGAGUCUAUCCCUGAUGGUCUACCAGAGACCGAUGGAGAUACAACGCAGAACAUCCCUGCCCUUUGCGUGUCCACCAUAACAAACUGUUUAGGUCCGUUCAAGGAGCUUCUCAGAAGGAUUAACGCCGGAGAUGAUGUUCCUCCGGUGAGCUGUAUUGUAUCGGACGGUGUGAUGAGCUUUACCCUUGACGCUGCGGAGGAGCUCGGUGUCCCUGAGGUUAUUUUCUGGACCACCAGUGCAUGUGGUUUCAUGGCCUUUCUACAAUUUAGUCGCUUUAUCGAGAAAGGUUUAUCUCCUUUUAAAGAUGAGAGUUGCAUAUCUAAAGAGAAACUAGACACGGUUAUAGAUUGGAUACCGUCGAUGAAGAAUCUUAGGCUAAAGGACAUCCCUAGCUUCAUCCGUACCACUAAUCCUGAUGACGUAAUGCUCAAUUUCGUCAUUCGAGAGGUGGAGCGGUCCAAACGCGCCACUGCGAUCAUUCUAAACACGUUUGAUGAUCUUGAGCAUGACGUUAUCCAGGCUAUGAAAUCUAGUUUACCCCCGGUUUAUUCUAUUGGACCGCUCCCUCUCAUGGCGAACCGGGAAAUCGACGAGGCUAGUGAAGUUGGUCGGAUGGGAUUAAAUUUGUGGAGAGAAGAGACCGAAUGUUUGGAUUGGCUCGACACUAAACCUCCAAACAGCGUUGUUUUUGCCAAUUUUGGAUGCAUAACGGUGAUGAGUGCGAAUCAGCUUCUUGAGUUUGCUUGGGGUUUGGCUGCGAGUGGUAAAGAUUUUUUGUGGGUGAUCCGGCCGGAUUUAGUGGCUGGAGAGGCGGCGGUGGUUCCACCGGAGUUGUUAACGGAGACGGCGGGGCGAGGAAUGAUGGUAAGUUGGUGUCCUCAAGAGAAAGUCCUUUCCCACCCGGCAGUGGGAGGAUUCUUGACGCAUUGUGGGUGGAACUCGACGCUAGAGAGUUUAUGUGGCGGUGUUCCGAUGAUAUGUUGGCCGUUUUUCGCGGAGCAGCCAUUGAACUGUAAGUUUUGUUGCGAUGAGUGGGGAAUAGGGAUGGAGAUUGGUGGAUAUGUAAAGAAGGAGGAGAUUGAGGCGGUGGUAAGAGAGUUAAUGGAUGGAGAAAAAGGAAAGAAACUGAGAGAGAAGGCGGAGAAAUGGCGGCGCUUGGCCGAGGAAGCGACGGAGCAUCCUUCAGGUUCGUCCAUCGUGAAUUUUGAGUCGCUUGUUAAUAAAGUUCUUCUAGGAAAAAGCCCUGAGUUGGGUCAUGACUACGUAAGGAAAUCUUAAAACGAAAAUUAGAGAAAAAAGAUGAACGUACUAGUGGUAGGCCGUAAAAAACAUCAAAUAGAUGUGGUCUUCUUUAAUAAGUGUGUGUGUGUUUUCUUUAUUGCACCUAGUGUCAAUUGUAAUAAGAUUACCUAGUAAAGGUUUUAUUAUCGUAAGUUUAGCUUGAAGAGAUAUGCAUGUGUUAACAAUUUUCGGAAAAACAAAUGUUGUAUUCGUAUUUACAAGAGCAAAAAAUCACAUGCUGUGAUUAUGUUUUGGCCGUUCAUUGCCGACGAACUAACGAAUCAGAAGUUUGCAUUUGGGGGAGGAUCCAGCGGCUCGUCGUAUCGUAUGU